GUGGUGCUUAAAAAUUCAGUAAGGUGAUCUAAGACAUGGCCAAUAAGGGUCUGUACACCUCUGUCCAAAUACACAAUGACAGCGGAGACACUCUGGAUUUUGACGGGUCCUUUACUCCGUUUCCGUACCCAAAACAAAUUGGCAAUGGAGACUCGGCUUGGUUUGUUCAUUCUUCUGCUGGUUCGUCAGAUGUAGAUGUCAUUGCCUAUCGUUUCAAGGGAGAUCAGCUUAACUGGGUUCUGGGGUGGGAGAAUCAUUUGGAUUCCCAGAACAAAGUAGCCACUGAAAUACACCCUUUAUCAGACGCAGCCCGCGAUAAUCGGGGCAGUGUAAAAAGUAACCUGAAGGAUACUGCAAAUAGUAACGAAAGCACUUACAGCUAUGGAGGAUACUUGGCGCAUGCGAAAAUUAGUGAUGGCAAUUUCGCUGUACUUCAGGCAGUACUCACAAAAGUAAACGCCAACAACUAGGCUGCCACCUGCCGCUACUCAUAUAUAUAUAUAUAUAUAUAUAUAAUAUGCUCGCAUCUAUGGUGCGUGUGGAAUAAUGCCUGAUAUACAUAUGGCAACUUUUAAUGUUAAGUUUAUCAAGUGCUAAGGCUACCUAGCUGAUUUAGUCAUGAUUAAU